GGUGGAAUUGGGAUGAUCAUCUGAAUCGUUGGAAGUAAUUAUUGGAUUAGCAGUUGUUGUCGAAUGCACUGAAGAGUGACCAAUCAUGGGAGGAUACUGCAGCGAAUUAGCGACUCCUAAUUAAGAGCGGUGCUGCUGCGCAGAGAUAACGACGAAUGCAAAUGUGUUUCCUAAUGUUUGAGUAAGCAAUUGUAAUCCGAUUUGAGGAGCGAUGUGUAACUACUUAGUGGAAUAAGCAUUUCAGCGUGGCAGAAUGUGAAAAGUGGCUUGGCGUCAUUAUAUGAAUGCUGAAUUUCAAAGUUUCCAAGUUCGAAAAACGAUGGCACAGAGCCAUUGGUGGUUUGGUUAGUGUAUUUUUUCCUGGUGUCCGAUAAAGUGUGAGUUCAACCCACAAAUUUUACCUGUGUGGUGAAGGAAGAAAAAUUCCUGCAAAAAAAAUCAACGUUUGUUUACUGUCCAGAUUGCAGCAAACCGUGUACCGAGCUCGCGCGCGCGAAUAAAUAUUUGCCAAAACCAAAACAUCGAAGGUGGCACAGUCAACGUCGUCGUCAACGACAACGGGGUGAAGAAUUUCGUGCUAAGAACGUGUGCGCUUCCAGUAAACCGCAGCGCCAGCUUGUUCCCUGGAACGUGUGUGUUGUGUGUUCUUCGAUUGCGCUGAGAUAGGCAUUCUGUCGUAGAGAACCACAAAACCGCGCGCCUCGCCGAAAAUGGCAAUGCCAAGUGACCCUGGGCCGAUGAUGUGCUGCGGCACUAGAAGAAGCAGAAUCAACACAACGUCGUCGUCGGCACAACUCAGAACUAGAAUUGGCACUUGUUGUGGUUUUAGUGAAAACAACAAUGCCAAAGUCGCCAGAAGCUGGUGGCGGCGUGACCAUCUGUUCCUGUUGGGAUGCCUGCUGGCGUUGGCCCUCGCGCUUCCGCUUCCGGCCGUGGAAGGAUUCAACGUUGACACCGUGAACUAUGUCCUGCACGAGGGCACACAGAACUCAAUGUUCGGGUUCAGCGUAGUUCUGCACAAGGAACAACAGCGGAGCUGGGUCAUAAUCGGAGCGCCCACGGCCGACACCUCCGCCUACCAGGAGGGCGUACAGAACGGCGGAGCGGUGUUUCGCUGUGAUAUCUCCGACGACAACCGGUGCAACCUGAUCCCCUUCGAUGCCAAAGGAAACCAGUUCAACGAAAAAAACGAACAGGUUGACACCAAAUCGAACCAAUGGUUCGGAGCAACCGUGGCCAGCGCUGGAGUGGACGGACCCCUGGUGGCCUGCGCCCCCCGAUAUGUGUUUCAUCAGCUGCAGCCCCGGAAGGUGGAACGAGUGGAACCCGUUGGGACGUGCUUCAUUGCCCGCAACAAUAUGCAACAAUUCGACGAAUAUUCGCCUUGCCGAACGAUGUACUGGGGUUAUCAUCGGCAAGGAUCAUGUCAAGCUGGUUUCAGCGCUUCGCUAACCAAGUCUGGAGAUCGCGUGUUUGUGGGUGCCCCCGGAAGCUACUACUGGCAAGGACAAGUGUAUUCCAUUAAUACCGAAGCUGUGUUCCCCUAUAAACCCCCGCGAUAUGGUCAAUUUGGCGAAGGAGGUAACCAAUUCAAUGAGGCGAAGAACAACCAAGGAACAAAAGGCCAUCGCUACCAUCAACCAGAAACCUUUUGUUCCGUUUUGUUCUUUGUUUACAAUGUUUACUUUCUACUAGCUACUAGAGUUUUGUCUCCAUCAAUGCGAUUAAACAUUAUCCAAAUAUCCUUCCAUUCUACAUAAAAAAAACUCAUCUCCAGGAAAGCUCUUUCUGGAAGUCGCAUAAUCGCCAUUACGACGAGUGAAACUCAUUCUACUCUGUAGUUAACUUAAACAUGGGGCUUAACCACCAACUUCAUUUUUGGAGCUUAACCAUACAACCAAAAUCUACCAAUGCCGACCAUACAGAAUUUCUCUCGGCUCCAUGGCUUCCAUCGACGAUGUCAAUAACCUCCUGUCGGAAUAAAACUACGAUUCUCUCUGUGCGCUUAAACCAAAAAAAAAAAAACUCUCAUCCAGUAGCGAUAAAACCCAUGCUCAUUUCCUGUUCUAACAUCAUUAUAUAAGUGAGUUUUUCCUAGGAAAAACAAACUGCCUAGCUCCGCUUAUAAUUAUUAUAUUAUAAUUUUAAGUCAAAUGUAACCAAUGAACUCAUCAACCAACACCGUUUAUUAAAACAAGUAACUGCUGAAGAACUCUAGCAACGUAACAGUAUUUUGAGACGAAUAGGAAAAUCAGUUUCGUAAAAUUCGGCUCUCAUACGACUAUUACACGAACUUGCUACGGUUGAAUCUCAGUUUAGAGUAUUGCUCUUCUGAGCCCUCUGUCUAAGCUCAGACCCAAGGCUUGUUUUUCGAACAGAUUUGUACCGAAAAAGGUUCACGAUUCCUUAUCAUUAGCUGAAUUAUUGUUAAUAGUCUGCCAAAUCAUCAUUUUGAACUACCUGUCGUGAUUUUACGAUUCUUAUAAAUCUCAAUUCAGAGAUUCAUUCAGACACGUCUGUCACUCACAAGAAUAGAUCAAUGACUGACUUUGUUUUGUUUGUCCUGCCUAGAGUUGCCAAAAGAACAAACGUUACCAUAGAAAUUUAUUUUAUUUUAUUAUUUUAAUUAUUUUUAUAGAAUUUGAUUAAUUUUCUGCAUAUACUUCAUCUCAUCUCUACAUUCCUUCUCAACUCUAUUUUCAAUAGAAUCAUUUAUUUAUAGCCUUUUGUUUUUCUAAAACACAGUAUCUUGUAUUCCAAAUGUUCCUCAUCUCAAUUCUACAUUCCAUUCUCAGCAAAAACUUUUCAAACUUAAAAUUUUUUUAUUUUC